AUGACCAGGCAGUAAUGGAUUCACUGUGAGGUCCAUUAUUUUAACCAAUCGCCAGCUUAGACAUAUUAUUUGAUGAUGAAUUUCACUGCCAGUCUGACUCAAGGAUAAUAGGCCUCCAUCUCCGAUGCGAUAAUCAGCCAAAUGUGUCUAUCUGUCUGAAUGUUAUCCAGAACUCUGAUAACAGACUGCUGCACCAUUACUCCCGUCAGUGGCCAGACUGGGAUUAUCCAAAAGUCAUCAGUGGUCCAUACGCUACAGGAAGUAUUCCACACCUGCGUUAUCUAACAAAAAAAACCAUGGAGGAGACCCCUGAUCAAUACCCUGUGAUGGCUUGCUGCACUGAUCAGUUGAUGCGGCAGUUCUUGCCAUGUACCCCAAAACAAUGACUGUUUUACGAAGUUUGUCGAAGGAAUAAACAUUCUGGUGAAUGUGAUGGUGUGGAUCUAAUUGAUAAAUGAGAAUAUUGGCGAUUCUGUUCAUUGGAAACCAUGGAUUUUCAGAGUUUGGUAUUUGGGCGGUAAUCUAAGCCGAUGUCCGCAAUGACUGGGCGCGAGGUGCUGAAGCUAAUGUCUUGCAACAAUAUUGCUGAGUAUCUGUCUAAACUUGGCGUCAGCGUCACGGGUGUGAAUGCUGUUCGAGAGCACCAGGUGGAUGGUGAGGUGUUCACCGAGCUGACGGACAAUGACAUCAAGGACUUGUUCAGCAUCUUUAAAGACAGACACCUCGUCAGAAAGAUCCUUCAAGGAAAGGACAACAGCCCAGUUCAGACACAUCCAAUCAAAAGCAAGGAUAUUCCAACCCCAGAGCCAAUCAGAAAUCAGAAAACUGACAACAGUCAUGUCUCUCAAUCCAUCAGGAAUGUUAGAAGUGGAGGUGGAUUUGCAUCUUAUGCCACUGCAACAAAAGAUAAUGGUCUGUCUGAGGAGCAAUUUCAUCUGAUUCGAUCCUUUGAGAACCUGUCAGAUCCUGCAGGUGCUUGUUAUAGAGCUGAUGCAAACACAUACCAAGGGCUGUGUAAAACCGUCAGGGUGCCAGUAUCCAUGACAACCAGACUGAGACAAGAAACAAUCAUGUUCCAAUGUCAUUACCUUAUUGUAAAUCUGUGACAGAACCUUCAAAACAUUUUUCAUUCAUUCAACACAGCUGUCCAAGAGACUCCCUACCUCAUAGUCUUCAAGCUCAAAACUUAAGCAAAGACGGGUCAACAAAGGCUUCUACCAAACCAAGUAUUAUUGGAACUGACAACAGAGAACACCCAAGACAAUCAUCCCAUGCUGCUCUGUCACAGUUCAUUCAAAGCAAGUCCCGCCUAGCUGCUGAGAAUGAGUCUCCAGCUGAUCUUUCCCAAUCCAAAAGACAUCAGUCUUGGUCCCAGGCAGAACAUGAACUGACUGAUUCCAAAUUUAUUCCAUCAGUGUUGACUCAUCGACUGACUCAGUUUUCUGGUUUGGAUCUUCUCAGCAGGAAGGCCAAGCAGGGCAAGCCCAGCGAGGCUCAGAGACUUGGGCAGAUGGUGGUCCGUGAGGCGUCAUCACGGGCAGGUAUUUGGGACGAUCCUCCUUGUCUGCAGCUUCUCACCACCAUGCAGAAGGAAAUGUUCUUCGAGUAUUCGUUCUUCAUGGCUCCCAAUCUGAGAGAACACAAGGACCUGUUGUGGAAGAGGCUUGGAGAGGCUCUGCUGAACCGUCGAAAGUACCUCAGAGACAAGGUUCUUGGCAAGCGUGGGAAGAGACUUGAUGAACAGUCAGCUUCUUCAGAUGCAGAUGUCAUCGAUCUGGACUAUUGUGACUCUCCUGAAGCUGCUGAAGACUUUGAGGACCAGGUACCAGAUACUUCCACCUCAUCUAGUCAGAGUGACAGGUCCAGGAAACCAUCCAGUUGGUAUAAUGGCCCUUGCUCCACAGUAAGUCGACCAGACAUCUCAGACAAUCAGGUCCCGAUGUUAUACAACUCUACUGAAGAUGAGGACAGGCAGACAUAUCCGGAUUCCACAAUGGACACUCAGUAUGGUGCAGAGUCUGAGGGGGACCACAAGCACCAGAUGGUAAAAGACAAUGAAGAAGUGUUUCGGAGGAAGAGGAAUGCUCUGGACUGUUCUUCUUCCAGCUCCCAGAACCUGUCUCUCCUCUCCUCUGCUGCCUGUUCUGCUCUCAAGGAAGAAACUGAGAUGAGAUACAGAACUGAAAUCAAACGGCAAAGAUAUUCAGAAGAUUUCUCCAUGGUUGACUUUGAGGAUGGGCAGGUGGAUACAAGAUGCGACCCCCCAGCAGACAUUGAGAAGGUAAACCUACACAAGAGGCUGUUCAUGUCCAAAUCGGAUUCCAGACACCACCACAACAGAACAGGCCCUGUUCAGUAUGGCAGUCACAUAGACAGGAAGCCCUCUGUCAGCAUGUACGAACCUUGUCUGCAGACGUCUUGUGAUAAUCAACAGUCCUCCAACUUUAUCAUGAGGACAGAUCAUGAAUCUGAUGAUGCUGUCUCGAAUGAAGACCUGGAGAACCCGUCCAUGUGGGACUCUUUUGUGAUGGAGGAGGUUCCUGAGAUGCGAAUCUACAGUACGAUAGACCGAGGAAUAGCCCAGUACACUGGUGAAGAACUCUUGACUAAGAAAUCUAAGCAAGGAAAGCCUUCAGAACCUCAGAGACUGGGACAACAGGUGAUACGUGAAUCAGCCAUGAUGGCUAAACUUUGGCAGGAUGUUCCUCAAAGCAUACGGGCCAUCAGUGAACAUCAAAAAAAGGUGUUCUACCAGUGCGCGUUCACACUGGCACCCAACCUCGUCCCUUUCCGGGAUAUGUUGUGGAGAAGGCUGGGUGAAGCUCUUCAGAAUCGAAGGAAGUAUGUGCGAGAUCGGAGCCUUGGCAAGAGGCCAACAAAGCGAGAACAGAGAAUCAUGAAUGAAUCCCUGCAUCAGCAGGAGUCAGAGUCAGACUCCCAGGCAAGCCUUAGUUCAAUACAAGACAUUGAGAACAUUGUUAAGGUCAAAUCUGAAAACCCACACCAUUGACAUCAAAAGAAAUUUCUUCAAAGGAAUACAGUAAACUGUCUAAACUAUUCCCCUCCCCUUUACUUUCUGUAAAGUUAGUAUGUGAGGCUACAAGGCAUAAAACUGAACUUUGAGCCUCUCAAAAAACUACGUCCAUCCAUGUAAUAUUCCUUCUUGUUGUUGAGGCCAAACCAUUCUUUUUUCAAGGACUGGUUCAGCAUUAUGUAAGUGUAAGUCUUAAUCCAAGUGUGAUCUAAGUGUCAUCAAAGGUUGGCAACACUUUUCUUGGAUUCCAUGUUUUAUAUUUUCGGUCCCCAGGAUGGUCUGCACAAACUGAUCUAUUUUAGAGAAUUGAAUUACAAUCAGCAUAGUGCUAAAUUCACUUUGUGCACAUGGACCCAGAUCUUGAUGAAUUUAAGUAGCUGAAAUGACUGG